AGUCAUGUUUAGCCCCAACCAAUAUAAAAAGGCCUCGUUCAAGUUCAAUAUUGUGUCAAUCAUCAGAACUCAAAUAAACAGUCAACAUGAAGAGUUUGAUCGUUCCCGUUGUCAUUGCUCUCUUUGGCUUUGCCCUCAUGACCUUGGCUGACAUGGGAGAAUUGGAGGCCGAAGAGGCCAAAAUCAUUGAAGACUUUGAAAGCGGCAUGUUUGACCAGUUCAUCUCAAUCGAGACGGAAAUCAAUGAUUCUGAUGUGGACACUGUUGACGAAGGCGGCGAGGAUAUGGACGGGUCUGAAGACAGAUUAUUCCAUGGUGCUUGGUGCCGCUUGAAAUGUCUCCCCAGGUGUGCCGCCGCUCCCAAUGGCACGUGUACUUGCACCAAGAUGUUCCUUGGUAUCUUCCCCAUCUUUUCCAUUACAAUUCCUUGUGCAUAAUACCUGUUGCCAUCACAAUUCAU